CAGCAUCAACCGGGACACGAUCCCUCUCCCUCAGCCACGUCUCCGCCAUCACGAGGACGAUGCCCUCCUUGAGGAUUACCCGUGGAUCGACACCCCAAUAAAGAUGGACUAUGGCUACAACGUGAAGUAUGUGACACCACCCCCGGACCUCCACAGCCAGGCGAAGCUUAUCUCUUACUCACCGCCUCAUAGGCUCGGCGAGAAUGUCUAUGUCAACUCCAACAGCACAUGGAUAGACACCUGCCUCAUCACCGUGGGCGACCGCACCCUCAUCGGUCCAAAUUGCUCAUGUAAGUCCCUUCUCUUCUGCCACACUUGGCCCAGCCGGCGACCCGCGAAACCCCCUAAGCUGACCUCUCAAAAGUCUACAGCGGCACACAUCCGCUGGAACCCCGUCUCCGCAACGGCACCCGCGGGCCAGAAUCGGGUAAGCCAAUCACCAUCGGUGAGGACUGCUGGCUCGGCGGCAACGUCAUCGUGCUGCCCGGGAUCACCAUCGGCAAGGGCGUGACUGUCGGCGCGGGGAGCGUCGUGACCAAGGACGUUCCGGAUUUCGUGUGCGUGGCGGGCAACCCGGCGCGGGUAAUCAAGACUGUCGAGCAGUCGCAGCCGACGACAACAAAGCCGUCGG